UUUUAGCCUUUUGUUAGGGGUUUACAAUGGAGAAUAAUAAAACAUCCUUCAAUCCAGAUAAGGUUCCAAAACUAUCCACAAAAUUCCCAAUUUGCUCAAUGCCUGCAAAAUUCCAUUGAAGUCUCAAACCAACUUCUUUUUCAAUGGCUGCAAAAUUUUCAACAGCUCUAGACAUCCAUUGUAACAACAUACCAUACACUUUAGACUCAAAACUCCCUCUCCCUCAUGGGGGUUCAUCAUCAAGAUUAUCCAUCAAAAGAUUCACUGUCUUUUGCAACAAUUCAAAAUCACAAAAGCCAAAUCUAAAUCUUGAUUUAGAUUUGGAUUCUCCAAGAAAAGCAACCCCAUCUUUAUCUGAACAACUUAAACCACUUUCCAACACCAUUCUUGAUGACCCCCCAAGCCAAGCAAGAAUUCUUUCUAAGCCAAAGUCCACUUGGGUAAACCCCACUAGGCCUAAACCUUCUGUACUGUCUUUACAAAGGCAGAAAAAGUCUGCUUACUCUUACAAUCCUAAAGUUAGAGACCUUAAGAAUUUUGCCAGGAGGUUGAAUGAGUGUCACUUUAGUGAUGAAGCUUUCGUGGCGGUUUUGGAUGACAUACCACAUGAACCUGCAAGGGAUAAUGCUUUGUUGGUGCUUAAUAGUAUAAGGCCUUGGCAAAAGAGUGUGCUUUUUUUCAAUUGGAUCAAGACCAAGAAAUUGUUUCCACUCGAAACUAUAUUUUAUAAUGUUGUUAUGAAGUCUUUGAGGUUUGGUAGGCAGUUUCAGCAGAUAGAGGAACUGGCAUUUGAGAUGAUUGAUGGUGGGGUUGAGUUGGAUAAUAUUACUUAUUCGACUAUUAUAACUUGUGCGAAAAGGUGCAAUCUUUUUGAUAAAGCGGUGGAGUGGUUUGAGAGGAUGUAUAAGACUGGUUUAAUGCCUGAUGAAGUUACUUAUUCUGCUGUUUUGGAUGUGUAUGCUCAGUUAGGGAAAGUUGAGGAGGUUAUGAGUUUGUAUGAGAGAGGGAGGGCUAGUGGUUGGACUCCGGAUCCUGUUGCUUUCGCGGUGCUGGCUAAAGUGUUUGGUGCAGCUGGGGAUUAUGAUGGCAUUAGGUUUGUGUUGCAAGAAAUGAAGUCGCUUGAAGUGAAGCCUAAUGUGGUUGUGUAUAAUACACUGUUAGAAGCAAUGGGUAAGGCUGGGAAGCCUGGUUUGGCUAGGAGUUUGUUUGAGGAAAUGAUGGAGUCGGGGCUUAGUCCGGAUGCGAAGACGUUGACAGCAUUGAUCAAGAUUUAUGGGAAGGCAAGGUGGGCUAGAGAUGCUUUGGAACUUUGGGAAAGAAUGAAGACAAAUGGAUGGCCUAUGGACUUCAUUUUGUAUAAUACAUUGUUGAGUAUGUGUGCUGAUCUUGGGUUGGAGGAAGAGGCUGAGACGUUGUUUGAUGAUAUGAGGAAGUCGGAGCAUUGUAGACUAGAUAGUUGGAGUUAUACAGCAAUGCUUGACAUAUAUGGAAGUGUAGGAAAUGCAGAGAAAGCUAUGGCUUUGUUUGAGGAAAUGUCUGAAGUAGGGAUCGAGCUUAGCGUUAUGGGAUGCACUUGCUUGGUUCAGUGCUUUGGUAGAGCAAAGAGGAUAGAUGAUUUGGUUAAGGUGUUUGAAUCCUCAGUACAGAGAGGAGUCAAGCCAGAUGACAGACUUUGUGGAUGCUUGCUCUCAGUUGUGGCCAAUUGCAAGGGCGACGAUGCAGAUAAGGUGCUUGCUUGUCUACAACAAGCUAACCCAAAGUUGGUAACCUUUAUCAAGCUGCUAGAAGAUGAGAGCGCUAGCUAUGACAUUGUGAAAGAAGAGUUCAGGUCCAUUCUGACUAAUACAUCAGAUGACGCUAGAAGACCAUUCUGUAACUGUCUAAUUGAUAUAUGCAGAAACAGAAAUCGCGCAGAGAGGGCUCACGAGCUUCUGUACUUGGGAACUGUAUAUGGACUAUACCCAGGUUUACAUACAAAGACACCAGAGGAAUGGCGAUUGAACGUCCGAGCACUAUCCGUUGGUGCAGCUCAAACUGCAUUUGAAGAAUGGAUGAGAACACUAGUUAAGAUUGUGCAAAGUGAAGAGACCUUGCCGGAAGUGUUAUCGGCAAACACAGGAGCUGGAACUCACAAGUUCUCACAGGGUUUGGCAAAUGCCUUUGCUUCUCAUGUGGAGAAACUUGCUGCUCCUUUCAAACAGAGUGAAGAGAAAGCUGGUUUCUUCAUUGCAUCUCGUGAAGAUGUAGUGUCAUGGGUCCAAUCACAGGCAGCUGCUGCAACUGCAACUGCAUAACUCAUAUUUUUUACUUAGUUGAAAUUACUGUUAAAUAGGAUUAUGCCUUUGAUUAAACUUGAUUGGAAGUACUGAACUUAAAUGCAUAAAGAUAUCUAAAGUGUUUUCUUUCCCA